AUGGAUAAUUUUCUUAUUGAAGGCAAAACCGAUGAGACUUACUCCUUGAGGAAGCUAUUGAAAUAUUAUGGCUACCUCUUUGUCACCUCUAUGUUUGUGAGUUUCUUGGGAUCCAUCAUUUACAUAGUGCUCUUAGUAGAACUAUAUACAACUUGCAGUGCGUAGACAGGAUAACAAGUGGCCAUCACUUAGUUAAUUUCUUAUAUUUUGAAUGGAGUGUUUUCGUAUGCCUGUCUACAUUUGGUCUCGCAAUCCAAAACCAUAUGUUAUGUGAACUUUUCAGUCAUUUUGACAUUGAUUUCAAAAGUAAUAGCUUUGGUAUUUGCUGCAAUUCUGAAGAAUCGAAAUUGGGGUGAAUGCUACAUAACUCAAGCUUAGGGAGUGAUGCUCAUCACCAAUAUCAGUAUUGAGUUUUGCAUACUACUGGUGUUAUAUUACUUCACUCGCAACUUGUACUUCAGAUUAGAGGAGAAACAAUUGAGAGUGUCCUUGAAAUUGCUGUUCGAAUGA